CCACGCGACCCGCUGACGUCACCCUCCUGAAACACAACAGCCGCUCUCUCUCGACUCGGCAGUGCAGCACAGUCCGGUCCCAUGAAGCGUCUGUCUAUGUUCUCUCCCGAUGGACAAGAGCGUGAUCAAAUUCAACCACUGUGACAAGGACAUCUUUUGUUUUUUCGUCCCGGAUCAGUGUCCUGAAUGUGGCGUUAGUUUCAGCGGGAAGAGGCUGGAGGAAGCACCGGUCAGCAUUCCGAACCCCUUCUCCAACGGACACAAAGUCCCGUGCGCUUUUCUUGUGGCGUCAACAGAAGACGAUGUGCUCAGGGACUUUGAUGGCCGCUCUGAUCUACACACAGGAAUUACUAACACCAGCGGAAUAGUCUACAACUACACAAAGGCCGGUGUUCAGCGAGAGCAUCAGGGGUGGGAGCGCUGCAUAUGCGUCCCGCUGGUCCAGCCCGACAUGUUCAGUCUGAUGAGCCAGUGGGAUCAGUAUCUGGAGAAGUUCUCCUCCGCUCAGAUGUGGGACCCUCUGUGGCAAAGCUUUAAUGAGGAAACGCACAACUGCUACAGCUACACGCUGAUGUUCAUCAACUGUGUGCUGGCCACGCAGUCCAAGCGAGGCCUGAGCAAAGACGAGUUCACGCAGUCGUUCGUCCUGCCUCGGAUCAAAAGAGCUUCCAAGUACAUGAUGUUGUGCCGUGAGAUUUCCCAGAAUCACUUCUACAUCGUCGACAGCCCGCGGAGAAACUCGCAAGAGAGUCCGAGCGAGGAGGACGAGGACAGCAAGAGCAACUGAGCCCAGGAUCAUCACUGACUUCCUGUUAUUUAAUCAUUUAUAUAUCUUGUAUCAAGGUGAAAUUUGAUUGAAUGAUGCCUAAAUGUGCCUGUUGAUCUGUACUGUCAUCAGCUGAAAUGACACUUUUGUAAAGCUUCUGAAAGUCAGACAUGUUUCGCUUCAGAAAACACUUGAUACUUCAGAGACUGAAUGUGACUCAAAGCCCGUUCACACCAAGAACGAUAACGAUAAUAUAUCAGCGUCCACACCAGCGCACAAGAUCGUUCUGUUGAUUAUAAACGCUGCAGAUUUGGCAUCUGUCGCUUUAAAUGCUCGAGCUCUGAAUCCCGCAGGAUUCAGUCAAUGUUUUUUUUAUCGUUCAUCAGCUGUGAAUGUGAUUCCAGCAGUUGUUACUCUGUGUCAUUAUCUUCUUUUAAAUUUAGAACGAUUUUUAAAAUAACUUCAUUAUCAUAGUUGGUGUGAAUAGGCCUUUUGUCCAGAAUUUUAAUGUUCUGUUCACAUUCAUCUAAACAUUUAAGCUGCUUUUCCACUGUCGGACCAAACCGUUCUCACUGCUGUUGUAUGCUCGAAUCUGAUUGGAUGACGAACGUUCUAAAGGCGUGCAGUUAUUUUCAGGGAAAUGCACGACUAAAGUAGUUCCAGGCAGAUCUUGACCGAAUUACAGUUCCAUAUCACUUCGCCAAAUGAUUUCAGUUUUUUCAAACAGCAAAAGAACCAAAACACACAGACCAAGCAAAUAAAUAUGGUAAACAAUAGGAUAAAAACAACAAAUUAUUUCUAAUGUUUUACCACAAAAUUGUGUUUUAUUAUGUACGGAAAGCACAUAUAGUUGGACACACACACAGAAACAUGUUUCAGUGCUGCUCUGAUGAUUUUAUCAGUAAAUCGUUUAACGACUUAAAAUCUUUGUGACAUUUCUCACUAGUGAGGUAAUAACGCCGCUGUUCUUGAAGCAGAUAAACUUAGUUUCUCUAUCAGUAGAGACGCUGCUGCCGAACACUGUUGACUCAGGUAAUUCACACACUUCAUCUCUCUCUCUCUAAUAACUGCAUUAUUCUGCUAUCAAUGACUCAAGCCUCCGUUACGAACUCUAAAAUGAUGUUUUGGAAUUAGCAACAGAGGCUUGGGAUUAGAUGCAUAAGAAAUUAGUCCUACACACCAUAGUGUUUUAAGUACAAAAACCUGACAAAUGUCUUGAAACA